AUGGGCUUGUGUCAGUCCGCUGAGGACAAGCAAUUGGCUCAAAAAAGUAAAGCUAUCGAUAAAGAGAUGAUGCAGGGUCACCUUGCUUCACAGAAAGUCGUCAAGUUGCUUCUAUUGGUAGGUUAUUGUGCAGAUGGUGCGGUAACACAUCAAGCAGCAGGUUUAGAAAAGGCAGACUGGUGUAUGAUGUGCAAUCGCGGUAUGCAAAAAUCAGCUCAACUUGACCGCAUAGCUCUGCGCUACGAAAGUGAUCAAAAUGAGGAGUGGAUUGAUAGGGGGUCCUCCACCGCACUUUCUCCGUGA